CUUCACGAGUGUUGUCCUAAUUUAAGGUCUAGACAGGCCUGGAUAACCCCAAGUGGUGGGAACAAGGUUGUCAUAACUUUAAGCGUGUAUGCCAAGAGAUACUCGGCUGGCACAGCCCUGCACUGCGCAAGGUCAGGUUUUCCAUUUCCUUUUGACACACGUGAAGCCCACUCACAGUUUUGUGUUUAAAUCCUUUCUUUCAUUCUCUUUCAUUCUCUCUCUGAGCACCUCCUGGUUCCACGAUGAUUUCCCUACCUCUGGUAGCUGUUGCACUCCUUCCCUUUGUCUUUGCUGCUCCCCAACCGGACGCGGGUGUCAUCCAUGUCCCAAUCGUCAGACGUAGUCAAACAAACAGAGUAGCAAACUUGCCGAAAGCCGUCGAAGCAUUGCGGGCAAAAUACGGUUACCAACCAACAGAUGCUACGUAUUCCAAGCGAGCAAACACCGCGGCAAUUCCAAUCACUGAUGAGCAAAACGAUUCCAGUUACUCAGGUGUUGUAAGCAUUGGGAGUCCGGCCCAGAAUUUUGAUCUUGUCCUCGAUACCGGGUCUUCCGACCUUUGGGUUGCCACAUCCACAUGUACCAGUUGCGCAUCAAAUGAGUUUACUACCUCAAAAUCCUCGACAUUUCAGUCAUCAGGCACUUCCCUCCAGAUUAAUUAUGGCUCAGGAUCGGUCAAAGGGGUUGUCGCCCAAGAUACUGUCACCUUCGGUGGUUUCACCAUCACUCAGCAAGAACUCCUGGCUGCUUCUUCAGUUACAAGUGGCUUGCUUGACGGUGUCCUCUCAGGUAUCAUGGGUCUUGGGUUCAACACCAUUUCUGCCCUCAAUACCACCCCGUUUUGGCAAGCCCUCUAUAAUGCCAACCAGCUCUCAGAACCCUUGUUCUCUUUCUACCUUGAACGUUAUAACGACCAAGCCACUAUGAACACUGCUCCGGGCGGUAUACUGACUCUUGGUGGAACAAACUCGAGUUUGUACCAAGGCUCUAUCGAGUACUUGAGCCUAGCUGGUUCUCCAUCGUAUUGGUUGCUUAAUGUUAAUUCGCUUUCUGUACAAGGCAAGACGGUCAGUGUCGGAUCCAGUUCCCUUGCUGCCAUCGACACAGGCACUACCCUCAUCGCUGCACCCAACAACGUUGCUGCAAAUAUUUGGGCCCAAGUUCCAGGCUCCAUAGCGCUUACGGGACAAUACGCAGGUCUAUACGCAUUCCCUUGUACCACUGAUGUCACGGUCACGAUGUCUUUUGGCGGUUCCACCUGGACGAUCAGCCCGGCUGACAUGAACCUCGGCUCUGUUCCCAGUUCUGUCUCGGGUUCUACGACUCAGAUGUGCGCUGGUGGUAUUUUUGAUAUCGGCACCAGCGUUGGCACUGGUUCUGGCGUUCCCACUUGGAUCAUCGGUGACACGUUCCUCAAGAACGUGUACUCCGUCUUCCGUGCCAACCCCGCUGCCGUCGGUUUUGCAGAGCUCGCCAGUGGCUUGAGUACUACAACAUCCGGUACUUCCAACCCGAACACUGUGAAGGUGACUAGCACAGCUACCUCGACCAGCAGCUCCAGCAACCCGCUCCUCGGCGCUGCAUCUUCUCAUACAAACAUUGCUAUCUCACUCACCCUCCUUGCAUCUGUGGCAGCCUUUUUCACCAUAUUGCUCUGAAGAAAGAGAUUAUACCCCACAGCACUACCCACACUUAUCAUUGUGAUACCACAUACAGAGUAUUGGUUUUGGUGCUCCCUCAACUCGGAUACUCAUGCACUGACUUACUUAGGGUCUAAUAUCGCUCACAUUGCCACGUAUUUAACAUGACACUUUUACGUCUAUUCUUUUAUUAAGUUUUAUAUCUAUGGGUUUAGUUGUUAUAGAUAGCUCUUGUGGUAUAUAUACUGGGCGGCUUGCAUGACUCGGACAUCUGCAGUGACUGGACACGAUGUCAAAGUACAUGAUUGACCUCUACCAGCUCAGAGGCCAUUAUAGGAAACUUGCACGUCGACCGAC